AUGCUGCAGGACGUGGCCGAGGCGCCGGCUAUGUGCCUGACAGGCGUGCCAGCCCUGGUCGCGCUGCUGGAGCACGCCGACUGGUGUGACCAGCUGUGUAGCCUGCUGGUGCAGCUGCAGGGCGGCUCGCCCUCGGACCCCGGCCAGAGCUCGACGCCGGGACUGGCGGCGGCUGCACUGCGCUUCACCCACAACGUGGCCGUGCUCAGCCCGGCCGACCUGGUGCCGCGUCUGGGGGACGUCGUCCAUACGCUGGUCCAGUCGAGCGACGAGCUGAGCCCGGGCCGCGGCUGGCGCGACUGGCCGCCGGCCGACACGGUUCCCUGCUGGACCGAGGCGCUCCGACUCUGCACGGCGCUGGUGCAGCUGGAGUGCUGA